GCACAGCUUGUGCCACAUAAUGAGGUGACAGUUUGCCGCUGAAGGCCAAUCACGAGAGAGAGAGAGAGAGAGGGCUUGCAGACAGAAGACAUGCAGUGUGUUGAAGCUCUGCGAGCAGGAGGUGUUGGACGAGCCAUGUCAAAUCCUCUCUUGAUGUUUGCUUCUUUGCUUUUAUCAGAUUUUUUUUGGAGCCUCCAGCUGUUGUGGAUAUGUAACGGAGAUUUAAAGAGAACAUCUGUCCUUUUGAGUGUGGAUUUAGUGCAAGUUCUCCUCACAGCCCGACAGAACUCAUGAAAGCAUCUUCUUCAUUGUGUGGACGCGCACAUGAUGUCUAUGGCUCUCAUGCCUGACACUUUCAAUGGCCCAGCAGACCCGUCCAAAUCGGCGUUUCUAGAGUUCGGACACGGACAUCCGGCUCACCAGCAGCGCGCCCCUGGGCUUCCUCAUCACAUUUACCCCGUGCACGGCUUGCACACUGCCGGCCAUUCACAGCACGACGGCUCCUUCCCGGCCAGCGCGUCCUAUGGCCGCUCCUUGGGUUACGCCUACCCCGGCGCCGUGAAUCCUCAUCCCUCGUCUGCUUACAUGCCCUACCAGCACAACAACAGCAGCCCCAGCAGCAGCAGCAGCAGUUUGAGCCUCCACGGCCGAUUAGAGCACGCAGAUCACGACAAGUCAACUGGGCUUGAAAACAGGGACGUUCGUUUAAAUGGCAAAGGGAAGAAAAUCCGCAAACCCCGAACCAUCUACUCUAGUCUGCAGCUGCAAGCUCUGCACCAGCGCUUCCAGCAGACCCAGUACUUGGCCCUCCCUGAGCGCGCAGACCUGGCGGCCAAAUUGGGUCUCACUCAGACCCAGGUGAAAAUCUGGUUUCAAAACAAACGCUCCAAGUAUAAAAAGAUCAUGAAGCAUGGAAGCGGACCAGAGGGGGAACACCUAAGCAGCACCAGCUCAGCCUCCCCCUGCUCGCCUCAUGGGAUUCCCCAACUUUGGGAUGUGUCCAUGCAGGCGAACAAAGGCGGAGGCCCGGUGUACCCCAAUAAUUACAUGAACACUUUGGGUCACUGGUACCCCAACCAGCAUGCUCACCAGGAGGGCAUAUCCAGGCAUCAGAUGAUGUGAGUGGAUUUAUCCUGCAGGCCUGAUGCUUUAUUUGAUGGUGCGCAGCCAUCAUCAGGAACUUAUUCAGGAGGUGGCUUUAUGGUGAAUUAUGCGCAUCAUUUGAGAGGACAUUUAUUGACAAACUUUUGCAAGUCACUGAAGAGGACUUUAUUGUGUGUCUGGAUAAAUGCUUUGAAUGCGUGUGCAUGGUUUUAACGGAGAACAAACGUUCUCUGGCUAUUAAGCGAAUCAACAAUUGUUGAAUGAGCCUUAUUAUGACUUUUUGGCUCUUUCGAUGCGUAAAAUGUGCUAUCAGAGUCAAUUUACGCAAGUGGGCCCUCGAAAGGAAUCCCAAUAUGCCUUGUGAAAUGCAAA